AUGUCUGAAUGGCCCGACAAGAACCAGUGGGGCGAGGGCGGGCAAUAUGCAGGAUCUACUACUCCAUACGGAAAUGCAAAUGCGCCGUACCCUGGUCCAACGCCCGGUUACGCUCCAGCCCACCAGCAACAACAGCAACCGUUUGUCCAGAAUGUCAAGGACCCAUACGAGGGCGAUAGGUUCAAGCCCAGGAAGAGGGUCAAUGAUCCCAUCUUCUUGUUGCUCUUUAUCCUCCAAUUCAUUGGAUUCGCAGUAGUUUCCGGAAUUGCACUUCAGUCAUGGGUUGUCGAGGGUGGGCUGGGGGGCGGGCUGGGCAAAGGGGGCGUCAGUUCUGGUUCAAAUUUUACGCUUAAUUCGAGUACAGUAUAUCUUCUCCUUUUUGUCACAGGAACGGCACUAUUACUUUCGACUGCCUACCUCCUCCUGACUAGAGUGUUUACCAAAACAAUCAUGCAUAUCACCCUUGUUUUGAGCAUCGCUCUUAGCACAGGGAUCGCCAUUUACUACUGGAUCACAAAAUAUUGGUCCGGUGCUAUCAUUUUUACAGUUAUCGCUCUCCUAUCUGUACUGUCCUACUGGGGCUUCCGUUCACGCAUUCCCCUCGCGUCUCUGCUACUGCAAGUCGUGAUAGACGUGUCAAAGCACCACAAGAGCGUGUACGUUGUCGCGUUCUCCGCGCUGAUCCUUCAGGCUGCAUUGGCGGUCUGGUACACAUUCACCGUUAUUGCAACAUAUGCCAAAUGGACUCCUGGUGGUCCAUCUUGUUCUUCAUCAUCAUGCUCAGGAAGCACAGUUGCCGGACUUAUCUUUUAUGAAACCUUUUCCUUCCUUUGGACGUCGCAAGUCAUCGGUAAUGUUUCCCUAGCUACUCUGGCGGGUGGUCCCUUUGGAUCUUGGUAUUACUUCGGCCCGAGACAGUUGGGAGAAAUGCCAAAACAUCCAACGCUAUCCGCCUUUGCCCGCACGUCGACAUUAUCGUUGGGGUCCAUUGCCUUUGGUUCUUUGAUCGUCACGCUUCUGGAGCUCGUUAGGUUGGUUUUGAAUGCUGUCCAAAACAAUGCCAAUCAGGAUGGGCAUCCGGUUGAGGCGUGUUUGGCGUGCUGCGCAGCGUGCUGUAUUGGAUGCAUUGAGUACCUCGUUGAAUACUUCAAUAGAUAUGCAUACAUUGAAAUAUCUCUUUACGGCAAAUCAUACAUUACCGCGGCAAAGGAUACCUGGAGGUUGUUCAAAGAUCGUGGGAUCGACGCCCUCGUCAAUGAUUCCUUGGUCGGAAUAACUCUCACUUGGGGUGCCUAUGCCGUGGGUUUACUGUCAACUCUCUUUGCGUACUUGUAUCUCCGAAUCACAGCGCCUUCUUACAACACCGAUGGGCAGUAUACUGCACCCAUAUUGCUAUUCUCGUUCUUAAUCGGGGUCCAAUGCUCGCUCACACUCUCAUCUGCAAUCGAAGCUGGGGUUUCAACGAUAUUCGUCGGCCUCGGCGAGGAUCCACAAGUGCUAGCUAUCAGGGCACCAGAGUUGUUCAGACUCAUUGCCUCGACGUAUCCGCACGUCACUAGAGGAAUUCCACAGGUAUAA